AUGUCUACGAAGAAAUACCAACUUAAAUGGGGAAUCCUAGCGACGGGCGAAAUCGCCAAAAGCUUCGCAAGAGAUCUGACCGUCAACCCGGAGACUCGAGGCCGCAAAGACAUCGAGCACGUCGUGGUGGCCGCAGCCUCGUCCUCCUCCGCGGACCGCGCAAAGGCAUAUCUCAAAGAAGUCAACGCGCCAGCUUCUGCGAAGCCCUACGGCUCCUACAAAGAGCUGGUCGCCGAUUCGAACAUCGACAUCAUCUACGUUGCCACGCCGCACAGCCAUCACUUCCAGAAUGCCAUGCUCGCGCUGGAAGCCGGGAAGAACGUGCUGUGUGAGAAGGCGUUUACGGCGAAUGCCGCGCAGGCGGAACUCUUGAUCAAGAAGGCCAAGGAGAAGAAUGUUUUCUUGAUGGAGGCUGUGUGGACUCGUUACAUGCCUAUUUCAAUCUAUGCCCGCGACCUCAUCAAGUCCGGCAAGAUUGGCACCGUCGAGCGCGUUUCUUCUGAUCUCUCCUUUGCCAGCGCGCCAGAGGAUAACUUUGAUGACAAGCAUCGGCUCGUGAACCCCGACCUUGCCGGAGGCGCGCUGCUGGAUCUCGGCAUCUACUCCCUGACCUGGGUCUUCCAGACCUUGUACACCGUCCAAGACAAACCUCAACCACCCACGGUCCUCAGCUCCAUAAGGAAGUACAAGCUCGGCUGUGACCAGCAGACAUCAAUGCUGCUCACUUUCCCGCGUAAGGAGGGCGACGCACACGGCAUCGCCACCACUUCCCUCCGCGUCGGCAUGGACCCCGCCAAGAACGGCGAGGCGGGACCUUGCAUACGGAUUCAGGGCACCAAAGGCGAGAUCCAAGUCUUCCCGCCCACCUUCAACCCGCGGAAAAGCAAGCUCAUCCUCGACGACGGCACGGUGGAGGAGAAGGACUGGACGCAUCCCGGUCCCGGACCCGGGUCGGGCUUCUACAAUGGCUUUGCGGGAGACUUUGGUCCCGAGGGUCAAGGCAUGGGCAUGUUCUGGGAGGCCGACGAAUGUGCUGAUGCGUUGCGAGAGGGGCGCAAAGAGGGGCAGUAUGAGAGUUUGCAUGAGUCGUUGGUGAUUAUGCAGACUAUGGAUGAGGUACGGAAGCAGGGGAACUUCCGAUUGCCGGAGAAGGUGGAGUCGACCGAAUAUCCUUUGGACUUGUAG